CGUUUAGUUCAGCCGAAGCAGUUGUAUGUGCCAUUUAGUUCAAUUCAACAAUUGGCAUUCAGUUCAGUUUCAAAUUCAGUUAACAACCGUUAAUACGUGACGGUUCCUGCACUCAUGUUUGCCUUCACUUUGCAAAUUUUGGCACUGCUGUUUGUGCUCAGUGACUCAGUUCCGGACUCAGUCAAAGAGGAGAGGCAACGGCCGAGCUUCGAGUUCUGUUCGAUUUGGUUUCUACAUAGAGGAGAAAUGGGGAACGAUCUUGUGGUUUUCUUACCAGGUUGCUUCCAUUGGCACCAGACGGCCGCGAGAUGAGCUGCUCGCCGCCGCCAGAGCCUGAUCACCACCACCGCCUCCUCGCCACCCUCGCGCGCCACGGCCGCCUCGCCGCGGCCGCCACACUCUUCUCCACCGCGGUCCGUACCACGCGCGCGCUCAACACCAUCCUCGCCGCCCUCUGCUCCACACCGUCGCUCCUCCGCGUCGCCCCCUCCGUGCUCCUCCUGGCCGCCCCCACCGCCGCCCCCGACGCCGCCACCUUCCGCGUGCUGGCCUCCGCGCUCUGCCGCGCCCGCCGCCCCUCCGCCGCCGCCGACCUCCUGCGCUGCAUGCCCCCGCUCCUCCUCGACCCGGACUCGCCGCUGUGCCGCGCCGUGCUCUCCUCCCUCUGCCGGUGCGCGCCGGCCCGGGACGCGGCGGCGUUCCUGGACGACAUGCGCCGGUGGGGCGUGUCCCCCAGCGGGCUCGACCACCGCGCCGUCCUCCGCGCGCUCCUGCGGGACGGGAUGCUCGCGGAGGCGUACGGGCUCGUCAGGGAGAAGAUGGGCUCCGACGGCGUGGCCCCGGGCGUGGCCGACUUCGAGCUGGUGCUGCGCGCCUUCAGCGAGCGCGGGCAGUUCGACGCCGUCGACGAGGCGUUCGACGAAAUGCUCCUGCGCGGGCUCGUGCCGGGCGUCGCGGUGUACAACGUGUACGUCGCCGCGCUGUGCAGGAAAGGGGACCUGCCGGGCGCCCGCCUGAUGGUGGGCUGCAUGGAGCGCGCCGGGUGCCCGCCGGACGUCAGGACGUUCGGCGUCGUGGUCGCCGGGUGCGUGUCCGCCGGGGACGCGGCCGCGGCCAGGGACGUGGCGUCGGAGGCGGUGCGGCGCGGCCUGCGGUGGGACGCGCCGGCGUUAGCGGAGCUGGUCGGCCUGCUCCGUGCGGACGGACACGUCGCGGACGCGCACGGGCUGCUGCUGGAGGUGUUCCUGCACGGCGGGUGCACUGGAGUGGACGCCUCGGCGUUCGGGCAGAUGAUAUGCGCCAGCGACGACUGCUCGCCGAGCUUGUACUGAUUGCGGUGGCGGUUAACCGCCGAUGUUGCAAGAGUCGGUCCCAAGGAAAUUUCACAUUUGAGCUCCAUGCCUCGUUUCUUC